CAUCACUGUUUCAGCCGGUCUCUUGAACGAAGAGGGUCAUGCAAAUUUAGUGGCUCUCGUCAAUUGACAUUUUUUUUGUUUCAAAUCAUUAUUGUUACAAAGAUAUUUAUUAAUUUUUUGUUCUAUUUCACAAUUACAAUCAACGUAUUCAAUAUUAAAGUGUUUAAUUACUACAUAUUAAUUAUUAUUAAUAAUUAAAGAAAAAUGGAAGUGCCAGUAUAUCGGUUCCAGACUGAUCCAAUUGGAAGCCAAAAUUUGAUGAUGAAACGACAAUUAAGCGUUGAGAGUGGCAUCGACAUGUUUGAGGCACCAGGAAAUAACUGUAUCACUGACAACAGAUGCAGGGAUUAUGAUAUAAGUGGUUAUGAUUUAAGAAGCCGAAAUUCAUAUCAUCAAGAUGACGAUGACAGUGUGGAUCUCAAUACAACAAUGAUAAAUGAUCUUGUUGCUAAAAUUCUCGAUGAUGAACCAAUAAUAAAUGAUGAUUUGUAUGAUAAUAAUUACAAUAGCAAUUCAUUAUAUCAUAAUAAUAAUAAUGGCAAAUAUGGUGAUUAUCAAAAUUAUAUUAAUAAUGAACAACAAUAUGGUUAUUCAAAAUUAAAUGAAAUUGAAAAUCAAAGAGAAUUUAUCAAUAUGUGUGGUGGAAUUAAUGCCAUGAGUAUCAACGAAUCUAUUCAACUUGAUAAAAAUUCAAAUGGUUAUAAUACCUUAAAUAAAGAACAAAUUGAUAAUCAUCGUUUAUUAAAUUCAAAUAAUAUUAAUACUAGAAAUUAUGGAUCUCAUCAAAAUGGCCUACUAACAACAACGACACCACCAACAACAACAACUCCAAGUUCAGCAAAUUGUUCAUCGACAAAUAUUUUCAAUUGGCCUGAUAAUAAUAACAAUCAAUCAUCAAAAUAUACAAAUGAUAUUUUUGGUAAUUAUCAACAACAAACAUCAUCACAAAAUCGUCAUGAUUUAAAUUAUAAUAUUAUUGGAACAAAUGAAUUAUCAAAUAAUACAAAUAAUAUUGGACAAAAAAUAUCAUCAUCAAAUUAUCAAUCAACACCAGUUAUUAAUGAUUCUUAUAAUUCAUUAAAUAAUAUACAAAAUUAUCAUCGUCCAGGUUCAGCAAUGACUGAUCAAAGUGCUGAUUCUGGUAUAUUAUCAAAUUCACCACUUCAACAUUUUUCACCAAUUGAAACAACACAACAACAAUCAAUGCAUUAUCAAAAUAAUUAUCAACAUAAUAAUUUUGAUGAUCAAUAUGAUUGUCUUAAUUUAAAAAAUAUUGCAAGACAUGAUAAUAAUCAAUCAAGAUAUUUACAACAAGAACAACAACAGCAACAACAAUAUAAAAUUGACAAACAAAUUGAUCAAAAUUUUCAAUGUUUGAUGAAUAGAUUUAUCAAUGAUUAUCCAAUGGCUGAACCAGUAACACCAAAAAUGUUGAGUCCACAAUUAAAACAACAACAUCAACAAAAUGAUACAAAUAAAUUAACAUCACAAGUACCAAUUCCACGUGCAGUAAUUUCUCAACAUGCAUCAACAAAUCAACAAAGAAAAUAUUCUAAUCCACAAACAACUGAAAGUACAUAUCAACGCUUCACCUCAAAUAAUUCAGAUAACAUAAAACGUAUUCAACAAAAUGCAUUACUUAAUGCUUAUCAAAAUGGAAUGAAACAUCGUGUUGUACAUUCAAAUAAUGGAUAUACAAUUGAUCCAUUUGAUUUGGCUAAAGAAGUUGUGUCAUUUCCAAAUCAACAUUUAGCUCAAUUACCACGUGCAUCAGUUGACAAUAGUGUAUUUAAUCAUUUAAUGAUGAAACAAAGACAACAACAAUUUAACAUGACAGUACCAGAUGUAUUAUUUAAUUCAAGAAUGAUGCAACAAGCUAAUGGAUCAACUGUUUUUUCAAAUGGAUUACCAAUUAUUCCAGUUCCAAUAUCAUCAAUACAUUCAAUGUCUGUUUUAUCAACAAAUAUUGGUCUUAGAAAUGGUGUUAGAUCAGCUAAACGUGCUGGACCAUCAUCUGUAUUACAUUUACGUCUUGAACAAACAUUUGAACAAUUUAAACAUCUUGAAAAAGAACGUAAAAAAUGUGAAGCUGGUCUUGCUGCACAUUUUCCUGGUAAAAGAGUUACAAGUGCAAAUAAUAUACCAGUACCAAGAUUACAGGGUAAUCCAUCACGUGCUGAUAGACUUAUUAUUGAUCAUCUACGUGAACAUGCAAGGGUUAUAACACUUAUUGCUAAAAUGGAACAAUUAAGAAGUGCUAGUAUGAAUGAACGUAUUCAUAAAGCAAUGGAAUAUUGGCUUGAAGCUAUUAAAUUUGUUCAAGAAUGCAGAAAAAAAGAAAUAACUCAUGCAACUAAACGACAAAAAGAAAAUCCUCAUUGCAGUCCAAUCCACGAUGACAAAGAUAUAUUAGCACUAGCCAAUAGCAUUUAUAAAUUGACAAAAGCAUCACGUCAAGCAAGAAAUGCAAUGUUCAAUGCAAUGCAAGCAACACUAUUGCAUGAUCCAACAAUUGAAAAAAAAAUAAUUGAAGAACUGGUAGAUCCAAUUUUGCCAAUUGUCAAAGGUGAAGAAGGUGAAACAACAAUAUUGUCAACUGUUGGUGAGAUCGAUAAUUUUACAUGUAGUACCUAACAAUAUUGCCCUAAAUAUUUAAAGGUCAGCUCAAUUUUAUGCUACGAAAAUUCAAUGUUACUAACUAUUCAUUCUUAAUUAUUGCGUCCGUAUUAAUGGGAACAUAUAAUAUCAUUUUAUUUAUUUAUUUUUUUUUUUUAUUAUUUAUAAACAAAUAUUUUUAUUUUAUUUUUUAAUUAUUGAAAAUUGCUUAAGUGCAUUUUUCAUUCAAUAUUGGUGCUAAAAAUUGAGUCUCACAUUGAUUAAUGUGAGCAAAAUAACAAAACUAUAAUAUUAUCGUCCCAAAAUACAAUAUAAACAAGUAAAAAUUUUAAUAGUUAAAAUAAUAACAACCAUUUUUAUCCGCGAAUAAUGCCUACACUAUAAUAAAAUAUCAAAAAGUUUUUUUUUUACUUUUUUUUUUUUUCUAAAAAUAUAAUGCAACAAUUUUUUUGGUAAUAAUAAAUUGUUAAUUCUCUUCGUGUUCUUUAACAACAAGUUUAAAGAUUUUAAAAUUUCGAAGAGUUAAAUAUUCAGUCUCGCUUUAGCAGGUGUAGGCAAUUAAAAACAAAAAAAAACCAUAAAAUUAAAAAAAAAUAAUAAACAAAUGCUCACUUUAUAAAAAAAAAAAUAACGUGAAAUUCCUCCUGGUCUUCCCUUUGAAAGUGCUAGGUGAGAGAAUUUUAUUUUAGGAUAGUUCAAUGUGGCCUUCCUCAAGUGUGUUACCCAAAAGGUGUCUCAGUUAUAGUUAAUUUUAAGACAAAACAAAAUUAACAAAAACAAAUAAUAAUGAACUUGAAAUAUAACAAAAUAAUAAUAAUGACAUUUUUGACAUAAUUGCCAAUAUGUCAAUGGAGGAUAUUUAAAAAUAUAUAAAUAAUAUAAUUCAUCGUUCAUCCAAAUUGUUUGAUGUUCGAUAAUAAAAUAUUAGUAAAUUAUCCGUCGUGUACUGUCUUUACAUGUACAAUUAUUAAAAUUUCGUAUAUUUAAUGUACUGCUAUCUCGCGCGAGCUAUCAUAGAUUCAUCAUCGUGAAUUUAACAAACUUAUAUUAAUAAUAAUCACACGGUUUAACAAAAUAAACAUCGAAUAUUUAGUCGAAAAAACCCUCUAGUUGAAGACCUAAAGUCAAUAGAAUGGAAUAGCAAAAAAAAAAAAAAUAUUUCUUACUUCUGAUACUACUACUACUACUACUACUACUACACUUGAUAAUUCAUAUUUGUACUAACUUAAAAGAAGAAACAAUUUAUACUUAUAUAAUCUCUAGUUAACAACAAAAAAAAUUUGAUAACUUUGAAAUUUUCGCAUAGAUUUUUUACCGUAAUUUUCAUGGCCUUGCUACAUAAUCGCCAAUUAAAUUCAUUCAUAAAUACCUGCCUGUCUAAAAUUUGCAUUACAUAUAAUCAUAAUUUCUUUUUAAUUAAAGCACGUUAUUUUUUUUAUUUACUUUUUAUUUUUAAAAAACUUGCCUAAUAGUAAUAUCUUUUUAACAUAAUAUUUUAUUUUCAUUUCAAUUUAACUGUGAUAAUAAUGACACUAAAAUAUUAACACUACUUAUUUCUGAAUAAAUAAAAUAUAAAACUUUUUUUAAAUUCACAAUAUAAAACAAAAUAAUAAUCGUACUUAAAAUUUAAAUCGCGGUAUUCAAGGACCAUGAACCUAUCAAGCAUUUCACGUGAUGAAAUUUAAAUUGAUAUAAAUAAAAAUAGCAACAAUUUUUGCUUGCGCUUCCAAUAUUUGGCUAGUAAAUUCACUCAUAAAUUUGAUUAAAACACAAUAGUUAAGAUUUACAAAAAAUAUCUAAUGGAUUUGAUCAAAAUUAUUAAUUAAAUUAUUUAGCAGGGUCACGAUUAAUACUAAAACUAGUGCUGGUAGUAGUGAGACUCUAUUUUAGUAAAUACGUGUCUGACAAUCCUAAUUUAAAUUGCAUGUGAUAUUAUAUUACCACUAAUAUUAGAAAUAUAAUAAUGAUAAUUUUUAAAUAAUAACAAAAACACGUUGCAUUAUUAAAUAGAAAAAAACAAAAUAAUUGUUAAUUGUCAAAAACAAAAAUCAUUUGAUAAUUAUUAGAGCAGUGUUAUAUAGAUGACGAUUUUUGAAGUUAUAAAAAAUAUUUAAAAUAAGGAUGACCAAUAUUUAUGCUCGCGCGAUUAGCCAGCAUAUCUUGAAAUAUCUAAAAUAUCUACUGUCCGUUAGAUUAUAGUUAUUUUUAUUAUUAUUACGAUUUGUCGUUGAUAUUAUUUAUUCAACGAUAUUCAUUUUCUACAAUUUGUUAAUGGCACUAAAUAGAUAUUAUAUAGACAGAUGCAUUGAUAUGCUCAUUGACCAAGUAUCCAACAUCUAAAUCGAAUGGCUUAUUUCUUUUUUUAAAUGAACUUAGAAUCUUUAUUUUGCCAAAUGGAAUUUAUAAGCCUAAUCAAGUUUAAUUUAUUUUUUUUAUAAAUUAUGAUAAACAAAAGUAACUAAAUAAAAUUUAUUUAUAAUAAUGCAUUUUCAUUGACUCAAAAGCCAUUCGAUUAGUUUAAAAUUUUUAAUAACAAAAUAAUAAUAGUGUAAAUUCAAUUUUCAUUCAACUACUUGCUUUAUUUUAUUUAUUUUUUUUUUUAAAUUCAUUAUUAAUAAAUUUAACAAAUAAAAAUAAAUAAUAUAAUGGUGGCUUUUUUAGCUUCCAUGAUAGUUGUUAAUUAGAUGGCUCAAUGUGAAAAUAACAAGUCUGGUUUGAUAAAAAAAAAAACAUAACAAAACUAUAUUAAAGUUAAAAAUAUAAAUAAUUGUUUGGUAACUAUUAUUUAUAAAUUAUUUAAAAUAAUAGUUUGCAUAGAGAUUAAAAUGAGAUAUAGAAAUGCGCUGAGAUUAAAAUAGCGAAAUAUAUAUUUGCUUAAUUCGUGGAGAAUAAUAUUUAAAAUUUCAUAACAAAAAAAGGAAAUUAUUGCGUGCAUAUCAGACACUGCUAAAUUAGUUGAUUGCAAAAAUAAUCGCAUUUGGAUAUAUCGAAUAAAUAGAAUGACAAAUUUAGAAAAAAUUAAAAAUUUAGUAAAAAAAUGAAUAAACGGAAUAGGAAAUUGAUAGAAAGUAUUUAACAAUUAAUCGUUGUUUAAGGAUUACGUCCUGUCGCCCAAUUGGGUAUCGUCUUUAGCUCAUUAAAUUAAUUAAAUGUUAAUUAAUAAUAAUAUUGUCUAUGCGUUAUGUGAAUUUUUAACGUCCGCUUUUGCAAAAUGCAAAAACAAAAGUAAUUGAAAUAGAAAACAAAAAUUAAAAUAAUAAAAUAGUAACAAACAAAAUGAUAUGAAACAUAAUAAGUGGGUGGUAAGGAUUUUUGAUAUAAUUACUCAGACUGACUAAAUCUUAAAAUGCUGAAGCUCCGGGUAAUUAAACAAACAAAAAAGAAAUUAAAAAAUCUAAAAAAUAUUAGUAAUUUAAAAAAUAAUUACUUGGUUUUAAACCAGCAAAAUUAAAAUUAUUAUUAUUACAAAAAUACAAAAUAACUAAUCAAUUUAAACUGUACAUAUUGUCAAUUCUUACGGGAUAUCGACGAUUUAAUUUUGAUUCCCGUAUGAGUCAUUAAUUGACUCAAAUUUAAACAAAAAAAAAAAAAACAUGAUUUUUUUUCUUUUCUUUAUAUUUAUAUUUAAAAUGAACUUUUGUUCGAAAGCUUUGAUCAAUUAUUAUUUUUCUGAUUUAUAAAUUGAACUUACCAACGUCAUUGGCAAGUUCAGAACCACAACGAACCAAAUUUCCAUUGUUAAAAUUAAAAAUUAUAAAAAUACAAUUAUUGAAAUAAACAAAACCAUUGAUUUUGGAUAAUGGUUCGAUGUGUCAAUGUCAAUUCGAAUGAAAGAGCGUCUCUAAACAAAAAAAAAACAAAAAAACAAAAUAAAAAAAAAAGGUUUAUGUGCAUUAUAUUUAAAAUAAAAAACAAUUAGUUGUAAAAAUUUGUAGAAAAUCGUUAAUUGUAAUCUUAAAAAAAUUCAAAUGUGAGAGUUUAUUAUUCGUGUUUAGAUGUUAAUAGGGUUUUUUUUUUUUAUAUAUAUAUUUAUUAAAUAAAUAUGAGUCGCAGCUCCUCAAUCAAAUUGCAGCGACAAGCACACCCUCAAUUUUUUUUAAUAACUUUAUACACAUGAGUUUUUCUCAGGGAUUAAUACACUCUCAAAUCCAUUUAUUUUUAAUUGAUCAUUUUCGACUGCACAAUUAUUUUCAAUUAUUUAUUUAUCAUUUAUUUUUCAAUACUUUAAAAAAAUAAGAGCCGAAUAACAUUAGACAAUCUUGUUACAUCGCUUUCAGAGUUUAAUUAAUUACAAAAAGAAAAAAAUUAUAAUGACAAAAUAGGUGAUAAAUAAUAUUUAAAAAAAUUUCGAAAAGACGCUCAAUAUAAAAAUUGAAAAUAAAUAAAAAUGAAUAAAUAAAUGAACGCGAAAGUUAAUGAGUAAGUAGUAAUAAAAUAUAUACUCGUUUCGUGGACCAUUGGAACUUUGUACAACGACUUUGUUUAUAAUAAUAAAUAUUUAAAAAAAAAAAAUAUUAUUAACCACAAUUUUCAAGCGUAAAUAAUAAAUUCAUGUCGUGAAAAUUUGAUUGAGGAUAUUUAAAAACCUCAUUAUCUAAAUGUUUAAAUUAUAUAAUUAUUUAAAAUAAUAUAAAUAAAUAAAAAAAAUAAAAAUUGAGACGCUCGAUCAAACGUGCAAUAAACAAACAACGUUUUAUAAAAUUAAAUGCUUGCUUCUUCGUACUAUUUCCAUAAAACCACAAAUAAUAAUAAUAAUAAAUAAAUAAAUUUAUAGCUUAAGUGCAACAUUAAAAGUGCAUAUCGAACAGCUUAAAUUGACGAUUAAUAAACAAUGAAAAAAUAAGUAAAUAAAUAAUUAAAUAAUAUUAUCGUCGUCUUCUACUGUUUGCCUAAAGUGAUAGAUUUAUCCAGAUAGAAAUUGAUAGUAAAAUUGAAUAAAAAAAAAAAAAAAA